AUGGAAUAUUCCGAUGAAUCUGACUUCUACGGGGACGAUGAUGUGGUCAUGAACCUCAACAACCGUGUACAACAAUUUGAUGUUCAGAGCUGGAUGCUCGAGCAACAGCAAUGCCCUGGGAGGCCUAUCCCUGACAAGAGCAACGUUCACGAAACAUCUCAUCUUCACAAUCCCUACGCCGGGGUAAAUUAUGCAUGGCAGCUUACCGAGACGGUAGAUCAGUUCCUCGCACGUCUCCCACCCAGGACAACAGACAUCUCGGAGGAUACGCCUUGGAUCUUCAUUUGCAAUCCGUAUAUACCCCGCGUUGAGAAGUCUAUGGGGCAGAACCAACUUAGUAAAGGUAAUGAAGAUGAGGCUCCCGAGGAAGAAGGCAGCAAGACUGCGCUUGUCAUGGAAGGCGGCCUGGAGAGACUAGAACUUCUCUCCAAGUUCAAGGACGGCUUGAAGAAAACCAACAAGGUCCUUGCAACGCAGGAGCGGGAUCUUCGAAAAGAAAUCAAGAAAGCCUCAGAUGAUAUACUGCACCUGGCGCACGCUGCCAAAGUCCGCGCUGGCAAGUGGAUGUUGUUCUGUUCACCAGCAGAAGUAAACGACGUGUGGGAGAUUGUCGCGAAAGCAACUGCCAAAAACGAGCUUGGCAUUGCUGCAAAGGUUGCUCCACGACCAGCCGAGGAGGAUUCUCGAAAAGAUCGACUCAUCUGCGUGUACACGACCGAUUUCGCAGACAAGGCCGACGUUGGCAGGGUGCUUCAAAAGCUUCGAGAGCUCAGAUUGGUUGAAGCUCGAGGACGACCUAUCUACUAUAAGCCAGACCUAACGACGCACAACAAAUGA